UGCGGUUUCAUAUUUUGGUUUUUUAUGUUUUCUUCGAAUCAUCCUUCUUCGAACUAGUUUUGACUAAUUUCUUUGACCACAAUAUACUGAAUAUAGGCUUUUGUAAAUGGUCUGAUUUUCGUGGAUAUAUCUCGUGGUAUAUGUUUAACGCCAAGGCAACGAUGUAUAAUGUAUUUUGUAUUGAAUUGAUGUAUUCAAUAUUAUAUUGAAUCGUUGAGUGCUUCAAAGUUUAAUCAUAUUUCACAUCAUCAUAAUCACAUCAAACUGGCGUGGAAGUGAUGCAAAGCCGAAGGCAGUAAAGGGCUAGCUUUUUCAAAUUGUGCGAUGUAGUCUCGUUUUUUCCAUUACCAAAUUGAGCUGUCCAAAUUAUGUCGAAAAAUUUGAAGAAAGGAAGGAAGAGAAAGUCGUUGGACAGACACGUGUUCUCUACUUCAUCGUCAACAAACGAUUCAUUUGUUAACCGCCCUUCGCCAGAAAACAGAGAAUCGUGUAAUAUUCUGAAAAGAAAAAGAACUCGCGACGGUAAAGAUCAUCUUAGCAAACGAAUAUGCAAUAAUAAUAAUAGAAUAUCUAUACCAUCUCAAAAUUCCAUCUCGACUGGUAUACCUCACGAACAACGAAACGUUUCGGGUCAACAUGACAAUAAAUCUGGAGGAUUUGCGCAAAAACAGUGCCUUGACCAAAAAGUAAAACGUCAUAUGGGUCAAAAUGUUUUGACAAGCCAGGAACGUGGUCGUAACCGUAAUACUGUACCGAAAACGUCAAAAAUCGGGGAGAGCAUGAGCCAAAAUUUUAAAUGUCCAAAUCGUGCAAAUACAGCAACACCUCCUAUACCUAUGAGUUAUACAUGUCUUAAAAAAAUUGAUGAUGAGGUUUCUCCUGAAAAUGCAUCUUUACGAUUGUGUGAACAUGCGCAACUUCAACGUUUCGAAGCAUUGUUGCAAGAAAACGAGAUAAGAUAUGAUCUUAUGAAAUUAAUUAUAUCUGUGUUCGACAAAGUUUCUCGCUCAAGAAUACCAAGUCAUUUGCACACGAUUCUUGGUAUUUUAAACAAGGUGAGAUUCUGGGCCACUCUUUGCGAAUUCAUUUCUGAGCUGGAGACUAAAAAAGAGUGCUUAUCAGACCCACAGGUAGCUACUAUCCUUAAACACCUUUGUACGUUUGUCAAUGUCUCAUUAGAACGUUUACCUUCUCUUUACUCCCGCAUUCCCAUCCAUCAAUUACAAAGUGCCGUGACAUUUUUUGAAGAAACCAUGGACGAACCUAUGGACGCAGUUAUUGGUAGUCUUUUGGUAGAUAUUGUUGGAAAAUGUGAACGUGAAAAAGAGAGAAUCCGAGAAAAAGGACAGUUGCAAGCUGAGCCACCAGAUAAUUUUCGAACAUUAAGUGUAUUUCCAACAGAAGAAGAUAUUUUCAAUCGAGGAAAACCCUUCCUAAGGGAAAACAUUGUUAAAAAGCCUUUCUCAAGUGUUGAUCAGUACCUGGAUAUUCACUUUCGUCUUUUGAAGGAGGAUUCUGUAGCAGGGCUACGUAACGGAAUUCGGAAUCUCAAGAGAAACUCCAAAAAACUAGAAUAUGGCCAAACAGCACUAGCUAAGUUGUCUAAAUCUCAGAAUGUCAGACAACAAAAUGACGUAAUGGUAUAUAAUGACGUCACGAUUAUCGACCAAGUGCUUGCCACGAAUCGCCGGAAUUUUACCAAAGGCAUUGUCUAUAACGUUUCAUUUGAUUCCAAGCAUUCGAGUAUCAAACGUAUAAACUGGGUACGAUCAAAGCGUCUUUUGUUCGGUUCACUUGUAUGUUUGAUAACGACUGAUUUCAAAACAGUUCAUUUUGCUACAGUGCACGACCGCAAACCUGACAUGCUCAAAGAAGGUAACAUUCAGUUACGUUUUGAAGGAAAUACAUGUCCAGAUGAUAUGGGGGAGAAGUACCGCAUGGUCGAAAGCAGUUCAGCAUAUUUUGUCGCGUAUCGUCAUAUUCUUGAACGACUUCAACAAAUUAAAGAAGAAACGAUGCCAUUCAAAUCCUAUAUUGUCUUGUGUGGACACGAAAUUGACAAGCCUGCUUACUUUAAGGUAAAAUCGAACGAAGGUAUUCCAAAGACGAUUAACUUGGAAUCAGUUAAAUCGGGGAAGGUACCCGACAAUGACGAGAUAUCACGUGUCGACCAUGUUUCUCCAUACGACCUGACCACGUGGCCAGAUGGGAAUGUUAUUGGUUUGAAUGAGUCCCAAUAUAAAGCGUUCCAAUUUGCAAUACAACGAGAAUUUGCCGUUAUUCAGGGACCACCGGGUACCGGUAAGACAUAUCUGGGACUGAAAAUUGCUCACACUCUUCUGGCUAAUAAUCACCUGUGGGAAGAAGCGGAUGAUAAGAAGUCAUGUCCGAUCCUUAUGUUGGCCUACACUAACCACGCUUUAGAUUCAUUCUUAGAAGGAAUUGCCAUUGAUCGAAAAGAUAUCGUUCGUGUUGGGGGACGCAGCUCAAGCCUUGCACUGAAAGAAUGCAACAUUAGUGCGGUGAGAAAAGAGCGACAAAAGACAUCAUAUGAAAGAGGUGUGAGACGUUCACGGGGGCAAAGAAUGAGAAGAUUUCGUGAAGUUGAAGAAGAAAAGAAUGCGUGUCAAGCAGUAUUAAAUAGGGAUACUGAGGUUUACACCAAGUCAUUUAAGGGAAUUCUUCCGGCUAAAGAAUUUGCUAGGUUUAUGCAAAAGGAACACCUGGAAUACCUCACAGAAAGCAAAGAUAUGCUCAAAUUUCUUGGAGUUUCCCUUAAUUUUAAAGCCGAGGAAGAUGAAAAUAUGUUAGCAGAUGAAGAGCAAGAUUAUGAGGAUUUUAACGGGCAUGAGCUGGAAGGCCAUUUCUACCUAGGACAUUUUGAGGAAAUUGAAACACAAGAGUCCAAGACUUCCAUAUUGAUUUGCUUUGCAGAAGAGACACUCAAACCUGAGGGAAUAUUAGAACUACUAAAAAGCGAUUUAGAUGAACUCCACCUUGAAAGAGCUGAAGAGCUUAACGAGAGAAUAGACGCCGCAGAACUUUUGUUCUUAAAUGUCGAACAGGCACGGUUACUGUACUUACUUUGGUUGACACGACUUCGUCAUUAUUUGCGGGUUAAAAUAAAAGAGAAGCAAACAGAAUAUCUGAAUCUUAGUAAUGAGUAUGAAGAACUACGCAAUAUCGAAGAUCUUGAUAUAAUUCGAAGUUCCCGAGUUGUUGGCAUGACAACAACAUGUGCAGCAAGAAAUCAUAAACUUCUUCAACAACUUCGUCCUCGAGUUGUAAUCAUUGAAGAAGCAGCAGAAGUGUUUGAAGCCCACAUCAUCAGUUGUUUAACAGAGUUCUGUGGACAUUUAAUUCUUAUCGGAGAUCAUCAACAGCUACGUCCAAACCCAAGUGUCUACAAUUUAAGUGUAAAUUACAGCCUUGAUGUAUCUUUAUUGGAAAGAAUGAUAGAAGCAGGUGUGCCCUAUAAUCGUUUGUCCGUGCAACACAGAAUGCGGCCUGAAAUUUCUAAAAUGCUUCGUCACAUCUAUGAUGGGCUUGAAGACCAUUCGUCUGUUACUGAGUACGAGAAUAUUCGAGGUGUUAGCAAAAACUUGUUUUUUAUUGAUCAUGAUGUCCAGGAAAGUGUCCACGACAAUGUUCAUAGUAAAGUCAACCAGCAUGAGGCAGAAUUUCUUGUUGAACUUUGUUUAUAUCUUAAGCGGCAAUGCUACGAAUCAUCGCGGAUUACGAUUUUGACAACGUAUACGGGUCAGAUGUUUGUCAUAAGAGAUAUCAUAAGGAGCAAAAAAGAUGAAUUUCAAGACGAUUUACCUCGAGUUUCCAGUGUAGAUAAUUUCCAAGGAGAAGAAAAUGAUAUCGUCUUGCUGUCCUUGGUACGCAAUAAUGAAGAAGAAAACAUAGGUUUCUUAAAAAUCAACAAUCGUGUUUGUGUUGCCCUUUCGCGUGCCAAAAUGGGAUUGUACAUCAUUGGCAACAGUAAAAUGCUGACAAACCAAAGCGCACUGUGGAAAAAAGUGCUUACUGAUUUCGAUGAAGAUAGUUGCAUUGGCAAAGCAUUGCCUCUUUCAUGCAGUAAUCAUCAAACAGAAAAUUUUGUUUCCAGUGCAGCAGAUUUUAUGAAACUCGUUCCUAAUGGUGGCUGCCUAGAGAAAUGUCAACAUCGUCUUGAAUGUGGUCAUUCCUGUCCCCAAAUGUGUCAUCCGAGUAGCCAUGAGAAUUUUAAGUGUGAGAAACCUUGUGCAAAAAAUAUCGUCGGAUGUAAUGUUUCAGGGCACAAGUGCUUAAAGCUUUGCUACGAAAUGUGUGAUAAUUAUUGUAUGUACCCCGUUGAGAGAGUUCUGAAUUGUGAACAUAAGAUGACUUUGCCGUGCAGCGAUGAUCCUAACAUUGCAAAGUGUAAAGAACAAUGUAAAAAGACACUGAUUUGUGGCCAUCGUUGCCAAGCCUUAUGCAGUGUACCGUGUACAAAACUGUGUAUGGAAUUAGUAAAGAAAACUGAUCUGUCGUGUGGACAUGAAAACACAAUUGCUUGCUCAGCAACACAAAAAGAUUGCCGAGUUCCAUGUAAUGCAUUGUUAGAGUGUGAACAUCCUUGUGUUGGAAAGUGUGGAGAAUGCAUUCAAGGAAGAGUUCACAAAAAAUGUGGGCAGACUUGCAGCCGAAACCUCGUAUGUUUACAUCAAUGUAAAAGCAAAUGCGCCAAGGAUUGUCCCCCUUGCAAAGAGGAGUGUCCUCGAAGAUGUCGUCACAGCAGAUGCGAGAAAAACUGUGGAGAAGUUUGCGUUUCAUGCACGGAAAAGUGUGAAUGGGAAUGCGACCACUAUAAGUGUACACGACUCUGUGGUGAAAUGUGUAAUCGCCCUAGAUGCAACGAACCAUGUAAACGAAAGCUCACAUGCGGAAAAGCCCACGUCUGCCGUAGCCUCUGUGGAGAACGUUGCGUCUGCACAAUUUGCAAUAAAAAUAAUGGUGAAGAUGUGAGAACGAUCUUGUUUGGGAGCGAAGACGAAGAAAAUGCAAGGUUUGUCAUGCUAAAAGAUUGUGAACAUAUUUUCGAAUGCACUGCCUUGGAUCGAGUGAUGGAUGCGGUUGAUGAAGAGAUAAAACCUAAAGUUUGUCCACUUUGCACUGUGCCAAUUGUCAAGUCGUUCAGAUAUGGAAAUAUUAUAAAGACAAUUCAUAACGAUAUUGACAAUAUAAAGAAAAAGAUUCUUGGAAGCACCUUCGAAUUUGAAGAGAAUUGUAUGCUGCUGAAGAAACUUGUUUGUAAUAUCAUCCCAAAAAUUGAUUUAAUACCCAUGAAUAUGAAAUCAAAGUCCAUAGAAAAUGCAUGGGGGAAGAUUGUUGCCUACGUAAACAGAGGAAAGAACGCGUUUGUGUGCAAUCAAGAUAUUUCGUUGUUGGUAUUUGAAAUGCGUCUUUUGGAAAAUUGGAUUCUAAUUAGCAAGUCUUACGAAAGUGCUCAUGGUUCUCAUCGUCGAUCAUCUACCCAUAAAGAAUUUGAAAGUGAAAUGCAGCAUGUAUUAAGUCGAAUAUUGAUGCUUCCAUCGUACACCAGUGAACGUAUCCUGCGUCAAUUGAACUUGGAACUCGAAAGAUUAUCUUUAAAAAAAAAUGUAUUAGUUCUCAAAUUGAAUUGUGCAAGUCUGGAAUUUACCCUUAACCAAGAAGAUGAAGAUAUCGUCUCAAAAAUUCAAAAGAUCUUAGGUUACAAAGAUGUUAUCGAACAAAGUCACCUUGAAAAACUUAAAGAAGGAAUAACUGAUAUUUAUUCCCGAAACCCCCAGCUUUCUCCUAUAUCUGAAGAAGAAAAAAUUCAAAUUGUUCAAGCAAUUGGCUUGAAGCGAGGACAUUGGUUCAAGUGUCCCAAUGGUCAUUUCUAUGCCAUCGGAGAAUGUGGGGGAGCGAUGCAACAAAGCAAUUGUCCUGAAUGCAAUGCAGUCAUUGGUGGUCAGAAUCAUCGCUUAGCAGAUAAUAACGAGCUAGCGCCUGAAAUCGAUGGCGCUUCAUUUCCAGCUUGGUCAGAUCUAGCAAACAUAGGGAAUUAUCAGAUAGAUAAUUAAAUGAAGAUUCAGCGUUAUCAUGUGGAUUUAAAAAAGUUACAGGAAGCCUUGAUUAAAACUCACUAAGAAUCAUGAAAUUUUACCGAAGAUAUGUCAAAAAGAGGAUCCUCCUCCAAACUGAUCUAUGACCAAGAUACGAGAAUGCUUAUUACUUUUAUCUCCUGUGUGGAAGAACAUGGAUUUUUUAAAGUCAUAUAAUUGCAUGCCAGAUCGUAUCCUUGUAUCAAACCAAUUAAUUAUCGGCCUGGCAUUUUUUGUGAACGGUCCUGGAAAAUCGUGAUUAAUCCAUCGAAUUUUGUAUCUAUACUAGAAGGAAAUAGGAACUGUAUUGCAUCCGUUAUUUAGAUUUUAGUGGCGUAUAUUCAACAAGACAGUUUAAAGUUUAGUACUUUUUUAUAUAUAGUUGUGCAUGUAGAUUUAUUUGUCCUUAUUUAACAGGGCUACCUUUGAAAUUAAAGAACGUCCCUAAUCUGUUCCCUGAUUCUGUUACUGAGGAAAACCAGAAAACGUCGUUUGGAACAUCGCUUCUCAAUGGUGCACAAAUGAACAUAGCUGAUAUAGCCUAGCUGUUUCCUAGCCAGGGUUGGUAAGUUACUGAAUAAAUAAGCCAAGCAUUGCUUUGGCGGCCCUUUAAUUCCUUUGUUUUAAAGAAAGAAAGAAAACAAAUGUUAUGUUAAUAAUAUUUGGCUUAUUUAUUCAUAAAAUCUACUAACUCUGUUCCUAGCCAUUUACGUUUCCGAAGGGUGGACAAACGGAAAUGUUGCGUGUAAAAAUACAUCAGUUGCAGUUGCCAGUGUGCAGGCAAUGAGCCUAAACCUCUGCCUAAAUUGAACGACGCUCAGUGAACGGUGAAAGUGAAAAGGCUAUCUUUAAAAUAGGGAACAGGGGAACGUAAGGGUGUGUAACCAUGUGUAACUGUAACCUAUGAAACUCCGAACCCACAAUGGACGAAAACCACCUGUUGCAUAGUUGAGAACGUCUUUCUUUAAGAAGCC